UCCCGGUCCCUCGAACUUGGCGGAUGGAGGCGGGCGCGCGCCCCCGCGCGGGCAGGAAAGCUCCAGCCCCAGCAGAGGGCGGAGCUGCCGCCCAGGUGGGGCAGGUGGGGAGCCUGGGCUCAGGUGUGUUCUCGGGCAGGGGAAGCGAUUGCUCUCUGGCCGGCGCAGGCGGAGUAAAACGGACCCUUGGCCUCAGGAUCCAGCUCUGGGAAGCUGGCUUUGUCUCUCAGACGCUGCCUCGGAGGAAGGCCAUGGAAGGGGAAGGGUUAAGAAACUUCAAAGAACUUCAAGCCAAAUUUCAAGAGCUUGAUACACCAUCUCUUCCAAGACCUAUUAAAUUCCCAGCAGGUGUUUCUCAAAAGGGUGACAUUGGAAGCAAACCGUCCGCAAAGACUUUGGCAAGUGGGAGACCCCUCUCAUCCAGCCUCAUUCAGCCCCCACCCAGUUGUGCCAGUGGUGACCCCCAGCCUCUUAAACACCAGAAAGUAAACUUGGCUCAGAAGAGCGAGAUUCAGAAAUGUUCUAAUUCCCUAGGAACUCUGGGAGGCCCUUCCGGUUCUGCAGUAAAUUCGCAGACAGCCUCCCUGCUGUUAGAUGUGAACCAGUCAAAUGCUGAGAAAAACAGUAAGAAGAAAGCAAUGGUGAACAAUAGCUUCCGAGACAAGCUCUGGAACUGGGAGGUUUUAUCUCAGAAAAGCGAGAUGGCAUCAGCCUUUCUCCCCACCAGUUGCAGAAGCCGGGCCUCCCAUCUGGAAGAGCAGAAAAGCAUGGCAUUUAUGCUAGAGGAGCCCAGGAAAAAGCUGGAAAUAAAAGGAACCCAGACCCUCCCUUCCCAGAGGUGCUUGAUGGCCCAAAGAAGAUUCUGUGCCACCUCUGAAGAGCCCACCAUUCGACUUUCUCAACAUGGCAGGAAGAGCCGAGACAUCCCCAGUCCAGAGAGGAGCCCAACUGAGAACACCUGCCACCCCACCUAUGACAAUGAGCUCAACAUCCAGGCCCCAGAGAAACAGCCGGAUGUUAGGCACUCAUGCCUUCCCAAGACCAAGCCACUGCCUUCUCUCAAGUCCCUGGGUCCUCCUCCCCCCAAACCGCCAAAGCCCCCGGUUGUGAACCUCCAGGCCUUCUGGAGCCGGGCAGCUGCUGUUUCCGAGACCCACAGGGAAGCAGCUGGGGAAGAAGACGACCUACCUCCAGAGAGUGCUGAAUUUGAAGAACCACAUAAUUACGAGACAACAAUUUCCUAUCUGAGACACUCUACCGACUCCAUUAACCUGUGCACCGCAAAAGAAAUUGCUGAUUCAACGUAUGAAGUCAGAAUUGAAGAACUCCAGAAGCCUUGGAAGAAUUUUCUCCACCAAGAACCUAGCCCCAAAGAUGAAGAUGAAGAUAAAAAAGUGAAGGACAAAGAUCCAUGUGAAUUGGAACAUCAAAAAACAGAAAAGGAUCUACAUUCAGACCAUCUUUUCAAGGUGGAUGCCUGUGAAGGGACACCUGGAGAAACCCAGAUGGAGAAAGUCCACAGAGGUAAGAAGACCAUGCUGCCCAGGAAGGAAGGCCCUGGGACUGACAUCAUCCAGACAAAGACUUGCCUGGUGGACCCCAAGCUGGCCCGGCACUCCCAAGGCCACUGUGGGUAUGUGAAGGCCUUGGAGAUGACUAAAGAAACUCCAGGCCCAGGAGCCUUUAGGUCAAGUUCCAUUUCAGAGACGUAUGAUGAUGUUGAGUGCCCGAGGAGAGAGGCAUCAAAGUCAGACUUCUCUAGCUCAUUCGCCUCAGAUAAUGAAGAAAAUAGUGAAGAAAUGUAUGAGAAUGUCUACAAAACAAAGAGCAACUACCCAACAAUAGAUUUAGAUGGAAAAGAAGCACUUAAAAGACUGCAGAGAUUCUUCAAGAAAGAAAAGGACAGAUUUAAAAUGAAGAAAACCAAGUCAAAAGAAAAUAUAAGUGCAUUUUCCAUUUCGCUGCCUGAUUUAGAACUUAGGUCUCAGGAAGUUAUUAUCUAUGAUGAUGUGGACGUAAAUCAAAAAGAGUCGAAUGAUGAAGAUAAACAAAAAACUUGGAAGCCCAAGUUUCUGAUAGCAAAGGAAAAAAAAGAGAAAAAAGGUACUGAAGAAUCAAAAAGCUUAUCUCCUAAGAAUUUCUUCAAAAUCAAGAAGCAAAACUUAGAAAAGAACAGAGUGGAAAAAGAAGAAAAACUUUUUAGAAAAAGAUUUGAGUACGACAAAGAGAUUACUGUCAUCAACACAGCAGUGGCAUGUUCCAAUAAUUCAAGAAAUGGGAUAUUCGACUUGCCAAUAACCCCUGGAGAAGAACUGGAAGUCAUAGAUAUCACUGAAGAAAAUCUAGUGAUAUGUCGCAAUUCUAAAGGCAAAUAUGGAUAUGUGUUAAUUGAACAUCUAGAUUUCAAGCACCAAAGUUGGUCACCUUAGGAAGACCAAGAUCAGAUGGUCUGGGCUGCACAAUUGAGAACUGCUUCUAAGGUCUCAGUCCUGGCCUCGUAUCAGUUUACUUGUCAGUGUGAGAUGAUGGAAAUGUUCGUGACGAGCCGAGAACAGAAAAACGAAUCUCCCAUAUUUAGAUCUUGGUUUUACUCCUAAACGGUUAUCUUUCACUGUCUAUUUCAGUAUCUAGUUCACUGCUGGCUCAAGAGAACGUGAAACAGUGUGUGUGGGCAUUUGAACACUUGUUUAAUGAGCCAUGUCCAAAGUUAGAAAUCUCGCCUUUAUGGCACCUCGUCAGCUGUGCAGAUGGUUAGUUUGCUUCUAAUAUUAGUACACAAGUGUUUAUAAUUUUUAGAUGAUGUCAUGCAUUUAAAUUUGGUAUAAUUUAAUUCUGAAAAGUAAAGAAAGUGUAAGUCUUUUAAAUACUCCAAUUUAAGGUAUGAUCCUAAAAUCAAUGUAUAAAUGUCCUUACGCUUUAUCACCAAACUAGAAUCAGACAAAUGCUGCUCAAAAUUGGUUUCUUUAGGAAUAGUAUGCUGAAAAGCAGUUUAUUCCUAAAUUCACCCAAUAUUUUAAAAAAUGCCUAUAUAAUUAUUUUGUUUAAUCCCUGAAUAUUCAAAUAAAAUAACUCAUGUGUUUUUACUUAUAGAAAGUAAAGGAAAAUAAAUUGAGCUGUAAAUAACAUUCUAUUUUUCAAAUGAUGUACACUGCCAGUUAGGUAGGAUGAGUCUGCCCCUCAAGCGUAUGAUCCAUGGCCUCAUCGUUUAUACUGUGAGGCUAUUUUUUAAGUUUCUAGGGUCUUUUAUCUUCUUUUUUGUUGUUGUUCCACAUAGCACUUUCCAAUAAAGGUCAAGCUUAUUCUAAAAGACCAAGAUCAAAAGUAUUCAUAGAGUUUAGACAGGGAAAUAAGGUAAUUACAAAUAAGUAAAGGUGACACCAAAGCUUGGUCUUUAAACACAAUAUAUUUCCUAAAUGCAGAGAUGGACAAUCCAUGGUCUGUCUGGUGACUAGGAAGAAAUUCAAUGUAAAAGGAGUAAGUGUACCUGGUGGGAGAUGGCAAGGGCUGGAGUGGGGUAAGUCUGGGCUAGAAUGUGACAGAGUUCACUGGCCUCUUUCCUAAAGAGAAAGUAGCAACCACUCAAAGGUCUUAAGCAGGACGACAAGGCCAGACAUCGAGAGAGAAAAGGAACAAAAAAAUCAUAGCAGUGGGGGAAAAAACUGUAACUGCAAUGUAUACAUCUAAGGAUGACCUGACCCCCUUGCUGUACAGUGGGAAAAAAAAAAAAAAUCAUAGCAAUGGGGUGGCAGAUUCGAAUAAGGAGAGACGAAGUUAUUUUUGCAGCAUCCAAGGUGAAAGAGCACUAGAGCUUAGGACAGCAGCGACAGAAAUAUAUAGUACAGCUGAGAUUGCUAGAUAAUUAGUGUAAAAUAAUCAGAAGACAUUUUUUUCAUCACUAAAUUUCACAAGAGCUAAGAAGAUUGACUUUGACAAUCUUUUCAGGUUGAUGGAGUGUAGAGCUGUCCUAUAUAAAAGUGAUAUAAAAAUAAAUUAUUACACAUUUUGAAAGGUAGUAAUGAACCCACUUCUGAGAUUCUAUUGCAGAUAUACAAAAGCAGUCUUCAUUAUAAUAUUUUAGUAGAAGUGAUUAAACUGAACCUACAAACAUCCCUAACGUUAAAAUAUUAGAGCUCUAUUAUGGUACAUUAAUAACAUUACUUAUACUUAUGCAGCUAUUUUUUAAAUGUAAUAGAUCUAAAUACAUAGAAGGGUAUCUACGAGACGUCUUCAAGGAAACAUGCCAAAGAAUAUAAGCAUUCUCUUCUGUAAAGAGAAAAGCUUGUUGUGUUUCUAAAUUACAAGAGUAUCAUUCUGAGCAUGAAAACAUACAUGGAUGCCCUGCACCAACUGAAGGACAGUGAGUAUCGGUGACCACGGGAACUUCAUGGUGAUGUUUCGGUGUACCUGUACAUUUUUUAUCUUACAAAAUUUCAAAAGUCAGAGAAUCAAGCCUUAAUUUUAAAAGGCAUAGUCACCUCUUUCUUUAAAUACAGAUUAAUGCUUUUAUAUAUUUUAUUACAUAUGCAUGGAUGUAUUAAAAGUGUACAUAAAAGCUAAAACUGAUUUUUCAAAAAGAGAAUAUAUUUCAACACAUGUUUCUGUUUGAAGUUUGAAAAAGCCCAGGAUUUGAAAGAGAUAGUUCUACUGGCAAUAGAGGUUACUCUCACAACUACUUUCGAAGCUAUUGUUGUACCUCAAAAGCAGCAAUGACAAUAUGUAAAUGCAAGGCAUAGCUUUGUUCCAAUAAAACUUUACAAAAAAAUAUAUAUACAUAUAUAGUACAGAAGCCCCAUUAGAGAGAUAGAGGAGAAAGAGAAAUAGAAUUAAGUGAUGCUGAGAUUUCCUUUUUUUAGGGAGAUGAGAUUAAGGCUGGUACCAAAGACUGGGAAUGUAUUUAUGCUUCAACCCCCCCCUCCCCCGAAUUAAAUGUACUACUCAGUGAGAGGCAGGGCAGUAGCUAACUGCAGCCCUCUCCCCCACUCUGGGGCAAGACCUGUUACAGUGGGCAUCGUAGAAAACCAGGAUGAGCAUGCCCACAGGAAAGCUAGUAAGCAAGAGGGAGUACAGGGCUAUGUUGAGCAGAGACAGUUCAUGCAAUAAUCCUGUACAAAAGAGGAUUAAAUGCCAUGCAUCACUCUUGCCAUCUCACCAAAUCAGCAAAACAUGAAGUAUUUCAAAUCCUGCAGUGGCAGCAGGACUAAAUUUUACCUGACAUAGAUGUGUCCAUGCGCACUCCAUCUCAUCACAUGGCAUCUAAUUCUAAUCCCACGACUCAAGUCUGAGUCUCAAUUUCCUCAUCAGUAAAACAGGGCUAAUAACACUCACCUUAUCUGCUUCACAGGGUUGUUGUCAGGCUGUAAUAACAUAAAUAAAAGUGUCCAAAAAUUCAUAACACAAAAGACUGGGUAAGUGUUGUUAUUUUAGUACCUGGACUUUUCUGAUAUUGGAAGAUGUUGAAAACUUAAUAGGUUUUUGAGAUGCAAAUAUAUUAAGACUUGAAAGAAUGGCUAGGAAUAUAAUUAACAUGGAUAUAUUUAACAGGGUUUUGACACUAAAACUUUAUGUUUUAAAGUAUAAACCAUUUGGUCUAAUAUAAACUAGUAUAGUAUUUAUUGAUAUGGAUUGCAUUUUUAGAAAAAACAUUCCAUCCACAUCAUUGUAAUUGUUUCUGUUUAGCUACCAGCCACUCUUCCUCCAUUCUGUAAAUCACAGCAUUGAAAAUAAACUUCACACACUCUUGAGCUGCAAGGUUCUUUAAUGUGAACAUUGUAACUAAGAUUUCAGUGAUGUCUCAAGCAGGUGUCAUCUGUUUCCUAGAAACUCUAAUCUAGCAUAAUGUUUCACUGCAAAGACUGAGUUUCUAUGUAACUUUUAAUUUUUGCAUAAAAAAGUGUCAUGAAAGAUGACAACAUUCUGUCAGAUGAAAGACAGCACACCAAGGUACUUAACCCUGACAGAGGCUAACAAUGCCCCACUCAUUCAUUUAUAGGUGGGGCCACCAGCAAUGUGUGAACAUGCACCAGCAAAGCCGUCCAUCCCUUCCUCCUUUUGAGUACCUGUGCCACACUUGGUCUUCCAAGUUCGACAUAGCAUUCUCUUGACCAGGGCCUCUCCUGCACACGUUCAGACCUUUUAAAAUAUAGAUUCUAGGGGGAAAGAAUAGGAAGAGAAAAAAAUCAAUAUGUAAUGACAAAUUCCUAAGAAGGGGUUGUUUCUGGGUAGUAGGGUUAGGUUGAUUUUUUUCAGCCUCUUCAGACUUUCUGCUUUUUUCAGAUUUCCUACAAUAAGCAUCUAUUAUUACUGAAGCAAUUUAGGAAGUAAAGGAAAAAUGUCUUUCAUUAAUAAAAACAAAUCUCUCUUUAAAGUCUGGAUAAAGCAGAUUGAAGUCUUAUGUAUCUUGACUUGGGUGUGUUUUUAAUGAGAGCUAGCAUACAGUGCUUUUCAAAAAGCUUUUAGAUGUAUAAAUAUGAAACCAUCAUGAGCACAGAGGACCACAUCGAUGUUGCCUGUUUUGUAUUCUCAGCAGCCUUCGGUGUAAAACUCUGUUGUAAGCCUGAGGACUUCUAAGCCUUUCCUUUCCUAUCCUAUGGUAAGCAGAAUUUUGGUCUCCGUGAUCUUCAUGCCCUGGUUUUAAUACCUUGUAGAUAACGUUAUGUGACUCGGCAAAGGGGACUUGACAGAUGAAAUUAAGUUUGCUGACCAGUUGACCUUAAAAUGGGGAUAUUAUCCACAUGAGCCCUAUUUAAUCUCCUGGGCCCUACCGUCAGAAGAGGAAAGCAGAAGAGUCAGACUGGCAGAGAGAUGUAGUGACGAGGCAGGAACCAUGAGCCCCCGUUACUGGCGUUGAUAGAGAAAGGAGACAUGGACCACAGAAUGAUGGUUGGUGGUCUCAAGAAGCUGCAAAUGAUCCCUAACCAAGAGCCAGAGAGGAAGUGGACCUCAGUCCCAUGACAGCAUGGAACUAAAUUCACCACCAACUUAAAAAAGCCUUGAAACAGAUUCUGUGCCAGAGCCCUGCCCUUACCAAUUCUUUGGUUUUCAGCCUGUGUGACUUGAUACAGAAACACUAGCUAAGACUACUGAACUUCAGACUUACAGAACUGUAAGAUAAUAAAUUUGUAUUGUUUAAGUCACUAAGUUUGUAGUAACUUCCUAUGGCAGCAAUAGAAAACUACUAUAACAGCUAAAGCUAGGAACUACAGUAUACAACGGUAUACUAGGAAGACGGGAGUGGACAAGAUGGAAUGGAAUCUCCAAGGGAUCACAGGCAGGCUCUUCCUACAACAGCUUUCUCUGCAAAUAUUAACUGACAUGCAAAUAUUAGCUUAAUGAGAAACAAAACAGCUUUUAAAUUAACCAGAGACUUUAAUUUGAUUUUGUGAAAAAAAGCUUAUAAGCAAUCAGUGCUUUUCUCUUUUGUGUUUGUUACCUAUGAGUCUGUACAGUGCAAAUAUUAACUAGGGAGAACCUGUACCUAUGAAAUGCUGUGUAAUUCCAGCAGACAUCUUUACCACACAGAUACUGGAAAAUAAAUCCUUCCCAUUGAUCAUUUAACACUCACAAAAAAAUACACAACAAACAAAACUGAAACUUGAAUCUUUAGUUAUUAAAACACAAAAGCACUAGGAGUCUGGUCUUUUUUCUCCUCUCCUGAAAUGAAUUAUAAAAAACGAUCCCAAUUUCAAUGGUUUAAAAAAACUACUUUAACAGAUAUGUAAUCAAGUGCUUCAAUGGGUAAAUCUAUCAGUCUCUGGGAUUUUGUCUUCAAAGAUGGGCUAAGAAAAAAUGAAUGCAAAAUGUUCUUGAAAAUUUUUUGAUUAAUAUCCAAUCUUAUAUUUUCUUAUGAUUGUCAUGGACACAACCAAAUGGCUGUCAACUUUCAGUUUUGUUUGCUGCACUCAAAAGUCACUGUAUGAUACUUAAGCAUACAUGAUACUGAACACAAGCAUUCUUCCUAAAACAAGAUUACUAUGUGUAGAGUUCAUAGUUCUACAACAAUUUUACAUUAAACAUUCAAAACAUCGUACAACCAUAGAUAUUUGUGAACAGUUUUGAGGGAAAGCCGUAUUUUGGUAUAUUAAGGCAGCUCCAGCCAACAUUUUAAGAAAUUGUGAAUAUGUGAUAUUUGGAUAUUUGAUAUUUGCAAGAAAUUUUAAAAGUCACUUAAAAAUGAGAACACCAUAAUUUGUGAAGUUGUCAUCUUAAAACAUUUUUACUGCUACAUUCUUAGCACGUAUGACUUACCUAAAAUCAAGAUACUCAUCCUAUCAGUAGCAAAGAUAUCUAUAAAAAAAGGAAGGGAUUUACAUUAAAUAUGAUAAAUCUUGUAUUUAAACAAGGGCCUUUAAACAGUUUCCCACACACAUCUGUGAGGUAGGUUAUUCUCCACAUUUUGUAGAUGAAGAAACUAAAUGAGGUUAUGUGACUUGCUGCUGCCACAGCGGCCAAACUGACAAUCAGUUUCCGAAUGGGAUUUUGUUCUUUGCAUUACUUCUUUCCUUUACAAAGUGUUUAAAAGGUUGAAAUAAAAAGACUGCUAUUCAUUGCAUUCAUUUUAAAAACAUGAGAAGGCAGCCAAACUUUUACCAAGGUAACUUAAAAGGUGAAGCAACAUAAAAGAAAUAGAAAAAUACAUCCAGUGAACAAUUUCUGACAGUGAUAGUGAGGUCUGGCCAAAAGAACCUGAAAACAAACAGGCAAAAGCAAACCGUACAACUGUGGAGGACAGACUGAAGGAAAAAUGAGAAGAAUUAGGAAAAAAAGAAAAAAAAACAA